AUUGCCUGAAGCUUAACAUGCAGUAUACAGGCUAAGUUUAAUAUAGUUGGUGCUGGAAAGACAAAUUUAGAAUUGAGGUCCAGGUAUUUCUGCGACCUAAAGUCAUCCGAGAUACAGAAAAUAUUACUAAGAUUCUGAACCAGAGGCGGAAGCCGCGAUAUUCGUGAGAGCAAGAAAUCUUGCAAGCUCACUGAUUAAGGGUUACUCAAAACUUGCAGUAAUUGGAAAAGUAGCAUCUUGGAUCCUCUGAUAGGAUUCGAUUUACGAUUUCACAAGAUGGUUUUAAAUCUUGAGAAGCUAGUGAGGGAGAGCGUCGUACCUCGUUUAAAUGAACACGGUUAUUAUUACAUUGAUAAUUUUUUGGGAAGUGCAGUCGGAGAUUGUGUUUAUGAAGAAGUUCGUAACUUGCAUUCUGUAGGAGCGUUACGAGAUGGGCAAUUGGCCGGUCAAAGAACUGGUUACUGCAAGAGACAUCUACGGGGUGAUCAGAUCGCUUGGGUGAGAGGAGUCAAGGACAGAUGUUAUGCGAUAGACUUCUUUCUUUCGUUACUAGAUAAACUUAUUAUUCUUUGUGAAGGAAAACUCGAGAAUUACAACAUAAAAGAUAGAUCCCAGGCAAUGGUAGCCUGCUACCCAGGGAAUGGAACAGGGUAUGUCCGGCACGUUGACAAUCCAACUGGUGAUGGUCGUUGUGUGACAUGUAUUUAUUACUUGAAUAAAAACUGGGAUGCAAAGGUUGAUGGUGGUAUUCUCCGAAUAUUUCCAGAAGGAAAAUCAUAUGUAGUUGAUGUUGAGCCAAUGUUUGACAGAUUAUUGUUGUUCUGGUCUGAUCGAAGAAAUCCACACGAAGUACAACCAGCAUAUUCUGUCAGAUAUGCUAUCACGGUAUGGUACUUUGAUGCAGAGGAGAGAGCUGAAGCCAGAACUAGGUACCGUAAUCGCACAGCUUCUGGAGAAGCAACAAGCUUUACAUCAUGACUGUAAGAGUGGUGAAACUUGACUGAUGAGCUAAGCCUUUGAACAGUGGUAAUUCACAUGACCUUUACAUCAACUCCAAAGAAAAGUGUCCUUCCACAAUAAUCUUAUUAAAUGCCAUGCUUACGAAUAAUAGUUGUAUGUUGACUCCUGCUCUUAUCUAUAAUAGAGAUGGUACUGGCUGCUGUUUAACCUAUCUUUCAAUGAAAACGGUUUUUAGCAGAAUUAAUCUGUAAUCCAACAUUGCACAAAAUAAAAUUCAAUGUUAAUGUAAUUAUGCAUAAAAAUAUAGCAAGCGUGACAUGGUGUUAAAUAUUAUGACCAUUUUACAUAAUUAGGUCUAAUAUUGCACUUUAUAUAGAUUAUUUCCAGAUUGCAAAGGCGCUGAUUAAUACAUUUUAAUGGCUGUAUUUUUCCUUUUAUAUUUAAAAGUAGUUGAAUGAUUUUGUUUGUGGCAUUUUUUUCAUCU